AUGACUGACUUGGGAAAACUCUCUUAUUUUCUUGGAAUAGAGUUCAAGGAAACUAAAGGUGGAAUUUUUAUGCAUCAAAGCAAAUAUACUACAGAUGUGUUGGAAAGGUUUCAGAUGCUGAACUGCAAUCCAGUUUCAACACCUGUUGAUACUGGAAAUACACUUGACAAGUCUGAGGGAGAUCAAAUGGUGGACAAGACUUUAUAUAGGCAAAUGGUAGGAUCUCUGAGAUAUGUUUGCAAUACGAGGCCUGAUAUUGCAUAUGGAGUAGGGCUUGUGAGCAGAUAUAUGGAGACACCAAAGCAAUCUCAUUUGCUUGCUGUUAAGAGGUUGCUCAAGUAUGUUAAGGGAACAAUUGGUUAUGGACUGAUGUUUCCUAAUAAAUUUAGCAGUCCUAAUCACAAUAUGGUUGGAUACUCUGAUGCUGAUUGGUGUGGAGAUAAAGCUGACAGGAAAAGCACCACAGGCUAUGUAUUCAUGCUUGGAGAUGCUCCAAUUUCCUGGUGCUCAAGAAAGCAAUCUGUUGUGGCUUUGUCUUCAUGUGAGGCUGAGUAUAUAGCAGCUAGUAUGGGUGCCUGUCAAGCAUUAUGGCUGGAAACUUUGCUUGAAGAAUUGAAGACAGAGACUGAGGAAGGGAUGCUGUUAAUGGUGGAUAACAAAUCUGCAAUAAAUCUGGCUAAAUCUGCAGAACUCAAGUUUCAACUUUCUUUUACUUAUUUGGUCCCUUAG